AUGUCAGCCGAAGAUGCUGGUGACAACGCUUGGUACUGCUGCAUUUGCGAGGAAUGGCAAAAGGAUCGUUCCAAUAAGCCCCAACACCUGGGCGCUGAGCGUCAUCGCCUUCAUUCGUCAUACAAAUCUAUUAUAUCGCAGCAGAAAACGCUGAUAAAAGUGCUGUUGACGUGCGGGCCACUGAUAUUCGAGUAUGUUGGUAAAGAUGCUGGUACUGAUGCUGGUAAUGAUGCUGCUAAUGAUGCUGUUAAUGAUGCUGCUAAUGAUGCUGCUAAUGAUGGUGGUGAUGACGGUGAUGCCGGUAAGAAGAGCUGCACAGAGGCGUAG